AUUUCUUGUCAAUGUUUAUUUCUCCUUUUACUUUCAGUCAUGUUUCAAACGUUUACAAAAGAAAGGACAAUCUGUUUUAUUUACACUCGGAUGUACACGAAAUGAGAAUUGCGGUAGCAUACCAGUAUACACUAACGUGUCAAAGUUGAGUAGUGGUCAACAGAUACAAGAAUGUGAAGAAUGCUGCGGUAUUGAUCAAUGUAACAAAGACCUAUGCAACCACAAAACCCCGCCCCCUUGCAGCGAUAAUAUGGUAAACUGCGCAUUCUGGAACAAAGAUUUUGACAUCUGUGAAGAUAUCCAUAAAGCUAAGUUACACUGUCGUAAAUUCUGCAAAUUGUGUGAUCUAGUUGAUGGUAACUGGGCCGAUUGGUCAUCGUGGUCAUCAUGUGACGUCACAUGCGGUCAUGGCAAACUCUCUAGAAUAAGAACGUGCACAAACCCUGCACCUGCAUACAAAGGUCUGGAUUGUAAUGGAACCGACACGGACACCAAACCUUGUACUCGGCCAUUAUGUCCAGUUCAUGGGGGCUGGGCGGAAUGGUCAAGCUGGGAGCCAUGCCCUGUUACUUGCGAUAUAGGUAUACAGAAAAGACAUCGUAAAUGUACUAACCCGUCACCACUACGACAUGGCAACCAUUGCUUUGGGGAUACUAUAGAUGUCAAAUUAUGCAAGCAAAAGUCAUGCGAUGAAUUAAACGGAAGUUGGUCUGCAUGGAACACGUGGAGCACUUGUAGCGUUUCUUGCGGUGACGGGUUCAAGACAAGGUCCAGAUCAUGCACAAAUCCAGAACCUGGUAUUAACGGAAAACAUUGCGUCGGAGAUAAUAUGCAAGUAGUUACCUGUAACAUAGAGGAUUGUCAGCUAGACUCAAGUGUGAUUUUUAACGCCUACUCCGGAGCUCAAUACAGUCCACGAAGCGGCCAAACUAUGAUCUUUUCUGAAACACUAUGGAAUGAGGGAGUAGCGUAUAACAAUUCAAAUGGAAUAUUCACUGCCCCUAAAGUUGGAACGUAUAUCUUUUACGCACAAAUGUGUGUACCUAUCGGUAUCUAUAUCUACUUUGAUAUAAUGGUCGAAUCAAAAGUUUGUGCAACUACCUACGGAUACCAGUACACCAGCGGUCAUUGUAAAUCGACACAAGCGAUUGUAAAGUUAAUGGCCGGUGAAAGAGUAUUUGUCAAAUUGAAUUCUACGGAACAAUUGUAUAGAAAAUAUGAGGAUAGCUCCUCACCUUACUACAGAAAUUUUUUCUCUGGAAAAUAUUCAAACCCCAAUAUGCUGAAUUUGGAUUUCGCCUGCUUUAAAUUGAUUCCAUGUCUUGUUAUUCGUGUAGCAACAUUGAAAAUAUGGACAGUUGUAAAACUAUUACAACAUGCGGAAAUGGAGAGGCCAGCUUUUAAAUAUCUUACACAUACGUAUAUUACACUUUACAAUAUCAACGACAAGUUCAUGGGGGGCUGGACGGGUUGGUCAAAUUGGGAGUCAUGCCCUGUCACUUGCGAUAUAGGUAUACAGGAGAGACAUCGUACAUGUACAAAUCCGUCUCCAUUACGGCAUGGCGACCAUUGUUUUGGUGACAGUUUUGACGUGAAACUAUGCAAACAAAAACCCUGUGAUGCAUCAAAUGGAGGUUGGGCAGAUUGGGUCACAUGGAGUACAUGUAGCGAAUCUUGUGGUGUUGGAGUAAAAACUAGGUCAAGGUCAUGUACAAAUCCAGUACCUGGAUCUCAUGGAGAGCCAUGUGUUGGAGAUCCUAUAAAAGUAGAAACUUGUAACGAAGAGGAUUGUCGAUUUCUCCUUUUCCUGUUGGCUGCUCCUGGAGAUGUUGCGCCCCCUUGUAGCGAUAAUAGGGAAAACUGUGAAUUCUGGAACAAAGAUUUUGACAUCUGUGAAGAUAUCCAUAAAGCCAAGUUACACUGUCGUAAAUUCUGCAAACUGUGUGAUCUAGUUGACGGUAACUGGGCCGACUGGUCAUCGUGGUCAUCAUGUGACGUCACAUGCGGUCACGGAAAACACACACGAAUCAGAACAUGUACCAACCCAGCACCUGCAUACAAAGGUCUGGAUUGUAAUGGAACUAACACAGACGUUAACUCUUGUAUUCGGCCUUCAUGUCCAGUUCAUGGGGGCUGGGCGAGAUGGUCAAGUUGGGAGCCAUGCCCUGUAACCUGCGAUACAGGGAUACAGAAAAGACACCGCAAAUGUACAAACCCAUCUCCUCUUCGACAUGGCAACCAUUGCUUUGGUGAUUCUAUGGAUGUCAGGCUGUGCAAGCAAGACCCAUGUGACGCAUCGGAUGGUGGCUGGUCAAAUUGGAAUACAUGGAGCAAUUGCAGUGUAUCUUGUGGUGUUGGAGUUGAAACCAGGUCAAGGUUUUGCACAAAUCCAGUUCCUGGAAUUCAUGGAAAACCUUGUGUUGGAGAUAAUACGCAAGUAGUAACCUGCAACAAAAUGGACUGUCUAUCAAACAUAAGUUUGGAAUUUAACAUCGGCCUUGUAUAUGGCUGCAGCCCAAGGCUCAACAUCGGAACGAUUUUUUCUAAAACAUUUGCUAAUGAAGAAGGAGGUUAUAACCCUUUCAUUGAUGUUUAUGUUGCUGUUAGAGAUGGAAC